AUGGACGCCAAAAUUCGUUUGGCCAAUCUCAAGACGGACAUCGUGACGAGCACAUUCAUCGACUACUUGACAUCCUAUUCAGGCCUUCAGAGAUUAACGAUGAAUCUGCGUAUCAUGUACCGUGAUUCUGAGUUCGGAACGACCCACCAUGUACAUGACCUAUUCCAUUCGGCUCUUCCAAUGCACAAGGACUCCCUUACAGUUCUGUCUAUCAAUCCUUCUGGUGAGAUGAGGUGGCGCAUUUGCUCUAAUUUAUUGACACCUCUCUAUACCUGUCAAAAUCUGGUUGAGUUAGGUCUGUUUGUGGCAGAUGAAGGCAAUGUGGAAUCGUUCGGCGUGCCGGACAUGGUCGCUUCCGCCGCGAACUUCCGCCAGCUUUCUAUUCUUCAAAUAUUCCGCGCGGGGCCAAUCAGCGUCAGGGGCUUUGGGAUAAUAGGUCACUUAAUGGACUACCAUAACCAGUUGCGAAAAACUUUCAUGGACGACCUCGCUAGUUUCAAAAUCAGCGACCCGGAACGAUACUUGUUUCAAGUGACUUGCUUUGGUAAAAUUUUUGAGCUCCUCCCUGACCCCGUGGAGGUUGGGAAGUAUAGAUACACUCUUCCCGCUUGAGAUAUAUAUUUUUUGCAAGUGAUUUUGGCUGGGUUAUGGCGGUUACAAAGAGUUCCUAAAUACGUUGGAAGAGUUUUGGCGCCUUGUCAUACUUACUCACAUGUUGAGAGGGAUUGUUGUUUA